AUGGGUGAGAUCGCAGGUGAAUAUGAAACAAUUGUUGUAGGAGCAGGUAUAAUGGGCAGUUGCACUGCCUAUCAAAUUGCCAAGAGAGGCAAGUCUGUUCUUCUUCUGGAGCAAUAUGAUUUUCUACACCACAGAGGCUCGUCACAUGGGGAAUCCAGAACUAUAAGAGAAACUUAUGCAGAAGAAUACUAUGCUGCAAUGAUGGAUGAGGCUUUUUCCCUCUGGGAAGAAGCUCAGCAGGAAAGUGGGUACAGAGUUCACAUCAAAACCAAUCAGCUAGACAUUGGUUCAGUCCAAGACAGGAGCCUCCAAUCUGUCAUAGCUGUCUGCAGAAAACUAGGGAUACCCCAUGAAGUUCUAAAUACAGAACAAGCUUCCUUAAGAUACAAAGUAUUAAAUUUGCCUAAGGAUUGGAUUGCUGUUGUCACAAAUAGAGGAGGGAUACUGCGAGCCUCCAAGGCAGUUGCAAUGUUUCAGUCUUUAGCCUUGAAGAAUGGAGCCACUCUUAGAGACAAUGCCCGAGUCAUGAAAAUUACUAACGGGUGGAAAUUGAGUGAUGGGUUGGAUGGUGUUUUGGUGUGCACCAACAGGGGCUCUGUACUUGGAAGGAAAUGCGUGAUCGCUGCAGGUGCUUGGGCUCAGAAACUUGCUAAAGAAAUAGCAGAUAUUGAACUGCCCGUUCAACCUGUUAAUACUCCUAUUGCAUAUUGGAGAAUUGAGGAGGGUUUGGACAGCUUUUCGCCUGAAAAAGGGUUCCCCACAUUUGCUUCUUAUGGCGAUCCCUAUCUUUAUGGGACGCCCUCUUGGGAAUACCCUGGUUUGCUCAAGGUGUCAAUCAGUGGAGGUAACCCAUGCGAUCCGGACAAGAGGACUUUUGUUCCUGAUUUGGAUGUACUAAGAAAAAAGCUAAGCCCUUGGUUAGCUGAGGGUUUUAGAGGGCAUAUUAUGUCAGAGAACCCUGUUGUUGCAGAGGCAUGCAUGUGUUCAAUGUCUCCAGAUGAAGACUUCAUCCUUGAUUUUUUGCCGUUGACAAAGACCUCAUUGUCAAGAGACAAGUCCCCUAUCUUGAUUGCUUGUGGAUUCUCUGGCCAUGGAUUUAAAAUGGGUCCUUUAGUGGGACGGAUAAUGGCAGAUCUUGCCCUCAAAGGAGAAGCCCAUGGGAUACCCUUGCAGUAUUUUUCUAUUGAACGUUUUCUUAAAAGUACCAGAGGCAAUGUCAAGGACUACGAGAACAAGUUUGACAUUAUAUAA